AUGCCUUCAUCUCAUCAAAGGCUUUUUUGUUACUUUCUUACCCCUGUUUUUCUCCCAGGUGGUGGCAUUGCCUCCUGUUUUGCCUUCUCCUUGAUCUUUGCAAGCCGCUUUCGCUCCUCCCACUCUCUUGCCUUCCUCUCUUUCUCUGUCUCCCUCUUCACCCCACUCGCUUCCCCCCCUUGCUUCUCUCUGCUGGUAGCCUCUCCUGUCUUCUCCCCUCCCUUCUCCCCUCCGUUCUCCCCGUCCUUCCCCCCAACCUGCUCUGACUUGCCGCCACUAUCAACCCCACCAGCGUCUCUUCUCUUCUCCGACCCUUCCCUACUCCUACGAGAUGAGCCUGGGCGUGAGACUGACGUGCUGUUCCAUGGGAAAACAUCAGCACCGGUCUCUGAGGUGGUGUUUGAUGGCACAUCAGCAGCACCGUUCUCUGAGGUGGAUGGCACAUCAGCAGCACCGUUCUCUGAGGUGGUGUUUGAUGGAACAUCAGCAGCACCGUUCUCUGACGUGGUGUUUGAUGGCACAUCAGCAGCACCGUUCUCUGAGGUGGAUGGCACAUCAGCAGCACCGUUCUCUGAGGUGGUGUUUGAUGGAACAUCAGCAGCACCGUUCUCUGACGUGGUGUUUGAUGGCACAUCAGCAGCACCAUUCUCUGAGGUGGUGUUUGAUGGCACAUCAGCAGCACCGUUCUCUGAGGUGGUGUUUGAUGGCACAUCAGCAGCACCGUUCUUUGAGGUGGUGUUUGAUGGAACAUCAGUAGCACCGUUCUCUGACGUGAUGUUUGAUGGCACAUCAGCAGCACCGUUCUCUGAGGUGGAUGGCACAUCAGCAGCACCGUUCUCUGAGGUGGUGUUUGAUGGAACAUCAGCAGCACCGUUCUCUGACGUGGUGUUUGAUGGCACAUCAGCAGCACCGUUCUCUGAGGUGGUGUUUGAUGGCACAUUAGCAGCACCGUUCUCUGAGGUGGUGUUUGAUGGCACAUCAGCAGCACCGUUCUCUGAGGUAGAGUUUCCACUCCCAGCAACGGUAUUGGCAACCUCUGCAGUCAAAUUGUCAGCUUUCUUUGCAUCAGCGGCAACUGCAGCAGCAGCGUCUUUCUGUAUCUUCGCCCAUUCAUCCAGAGCUGGAAGCAAUGCAAACACCAGGGAAUAA